AUGUCCUACGCAGAGUCGUCUGGCACGACUGUCAAGCAUAGCGUGCUAAACGACGCCGACAGCUGGGACGAUGCAGGCGAAUGGGGCGACGAAGAAGCCGCGGACGCGUCAACUAGUCUACGAAACGACAACGACUAUCAAGCAGGCGAAGAGUUUGAGCAUCUUCUGGACCCCAAUCUCCCCGAAGACGGGGACGACAUAGAAUUGCGUCACAUCACCUCAGAGAGUGCAGCAGCCUUCGACGACGAAGCUGCCGCAAAGGCCAAUGAGGAGGACUCUCCUUAUGAAGAGGUGCGGGCUGCUGUUCGGAAUUACGAUGAAGAUCUACCCUGCAGCACCAUCCGCGCGUGGACAAUCGGCCUGUCUUUGGUAUUCGUCGGAGCUUCGAUGAAUACCCUAUUCUCAUUACGACAGCCCUCCAUCGGCCUCGGGCCUCUCGUCGCUCAGAUCAUCGCAUGGCUGAUGGGACGGGCGUGGGAGAAGGUGGUGCCAGCCAAGCAGGUCACUAUCUUCGGCACGAGGUGCGAUCUAAAUCCCGGACCAUUUAAUAUCAAGGAGCAUUCGAUUAUCGUUAUCAUGGCAAGCGUGUCGUUCUCAGUGGCGUACGCUACUGAUAUCAUCCUUGCCCAACUCGUCUUCUAUAAGCAAAACUUCGGCAUCGUGUUCCAGCUCCUGUUGACCGUGUCAACACAAUCUUUAGGUUAUGGAAUUGCCGGCAUGAUGCGGAAAUUUUUAGUAUAUCCUGCUUCGAUGAUCUGGCCUGGCAAUCUAGUCGUCGUCGCAUUGAUGAACGCCAUGUACGAAAAGCACCAGGUCAAGGACCCAUCCAUCAUUGGAGGAAGCAUACCGCGUUACAGAUGGUUCGGCAUCGUGACAGCCGUAUCAGCCAUUUACUACUUCAUUCCGGGUUACUUUGCACAGUUCUUGAGCAUCUUCGCUUUCGCAACCUGGAUGGCUCCCAAGAAUGCUGUGAUUAACCAACUGUUUGGGGGUACAACAGGUCUGUCUGUUCUACCGAUCACUUUCGACUGGACACAGAUUGCAGGUUACAUUGGGUCGCCUAUGAUCCCGCCCUGGCACGCAACUGCGAAUACACUCAUCGGAGUUAUUAGCUUCUUUAUCAUAGGCGCUUCGCUAUUUCACUAUACGGGCGUUUGGUAUGCUCAGUUCUUGCCUAUGAGCGAUGCUUCCACGUAUGACAAUACUGGCGGUGCCUACAAUGUCUCGCGGAUUCUGACGCCCGAGUUUACUCUGGAUGAGGAGGCAUACCGGGCGUACUCGCCGCUGUUUAUCAGCACUACCUUCGCCUUGUCAUAUGGUCUAUCGUUCGCUGCCAUUACUGCUCUCAUGGUGUACACGUAUCUGUAUCACAGCAAAACGAUAUGGGCCCAGUACCAGAACAGCACCAGCGAAAAGCCCGAUAUUCACAUGAAGCUUAUGAGGAGGUACAAGGAGGCACCGGCCUGGUGGUACACGGCCUUGUUCUGUAUUGUUUUGGCACUGGGAUUCGUCUCGGUACUGAUGUACCCGACGAACCUGACCUGGUGGGCGUUUCUGUUGGCUGUCGCCAUCUCUUUCGUAUUCUCGUUACCUAUUGGUAUCAUCCAAGCCGUCACGAACCACCAGAUCGGUCUCAAUGUCUUGACUGAAUUUGUUUAUGGAUACAUCCAACCUGGUCGACCCUUAGCAUUGAUGUUGUUCAAAACCUACGGCUAUAUCACAAUGUCGCAAGCGCUUAGCUUCGUUGCGGAUCUCAAAUUCGGACACUACAUGAAGAUCCCGCCAAGGACCAUGUUCAUGGCGCAGGUCGUUGCCACAACCCUAUCAUGCUUUAUCCAGAUCGCCGUCCUCAACUUCGCCCUAAACAACGUCGACGGGAUCUGCGAGCUGACACAGCCACACCGCUUCACCUGCCCCGGCGGGCGCGUCUUCUUCUCAGCCUCGGUGAUCUGGGGCCUCAUCGGCCCGGCCCGCGUCUUCUCCCCGGGCCAGAUCUACUCGGGGCUCCUCGUCUUUUUCGUCGUCGGCGCCAUCACGCCGGUGGUCAUCUACUUCUACGUGCGCCGCUGGCCCAAGUCGCCGGCCAGGUACCUGAUGGCGCCCCUGAUCUUCGGCGGCGCGGGGUCCAUCCCGCCGGCCACGCCGCUGAACUACCUCUCGUGGGGCGUCAUGGGCUUCGUGUUCAACUUCCUAAUCAAGAAGCGCCACUUCCGGUGGUGGAGCCGCCUCAACUACCUCACCUCGGCCGGUCUCGACUUGGGCCUGGCGAUCGGCACGUUGGUUAUCUUUUUCGUGUUUACGCUGAACGAGAUCGAUCCCCCGCAGUGGUGGGGCAAUAGCGUCGUCACGAGCACGGUGGACUAUCAGGGCCAGGCUGUGCAGGUCGUUUUGCCCCCGGGCGAAACGUUUGGGCCGCAGGUUUGGUAA